AUGGGGUUUGAUAUUCUUCCGCAAAUUACGGCAAAGAACACGUCUCUCAGCAACGGUCGUAUCGAACGUCUUCACCGCACGAUGGAAGAGUAUUUGCGUUCGCACGUUCGCUGCGACCAAAUAGCCUAUGGCGUCUUCCAUCGCACUGUUGCUGAGUUUUUGCGCAUGUACAACACUACCCCUCUCCGAGGUGGUAAGAGUGCGCAUGAUAAGGUUUUCACUUUUCCGGCCAACUGCGACCGUUUUCGUCCAGUUCAAACGCGUCCGGAGUAUGAUCUCCUGUGUAAAGACCCGCGAGAGACCUGGGGUCCUGGUUUCCUGGUUGAUAGUCCUGUGCUCUUGCGAGUCAUGAGACCGACGAACAAGCUCUCGCGACGCUGGGUACCGGCAACCAUAGCUGACCGUCUAGGGAAGAAGACUUACAGCCUCGUUGGUAUGCCUGGUAAAUUCGACCUCAAGGACCUCAAACCAUUAGCUGAUUCGCGUUUCGGAGACCCUUGA